CUCUUGCAUACCUAGCCUUUCUUGCAUUUUUCUACACCUAGGAAGGACAUUGCUGCGCAUUCACACCAUAUUCCGUUUCUUGUUUCCGUUUGAACGCAUCUUUUGGUCGCUCGAGCGACACACACUUCUUUUCGAAACAAACAAACAGCUUUUACGUCCAACACAGUAAAUCAUUGCUACACACUGCACCGCAUGUCCGGGUACGACUACGACGCUCCGCGGCGCUCCAGCCGGCGCGAGUACGUUCGCGAGGAGCGCUACGAUGACAGAGAUCCCCGGUACCUUGAUGCUACUGAGAUGAGGGGCCACUCUGGCCGUGAGCUCGUGCCCCGUGGCCGAGAGGACAGCGAUUUGUCCAUCGAGGAGAUACGGCGCGAUUUCCCCAUGCCCGGUCAUGGUCAGUCUUACCGCGAUACUAGGAGGGCCAGGUCCGUUGAACCCGGUUGGGACGACUAUGAUGACCGCCGUUCGUACUACUCGCGCGACCCCCGCGACAGGGACUAUGAUCGGUAUGACCGUGAUUAUGACCGUCGGUCAAGAAAGGAAGGAAGUGUGUACUACGAAGAGGAGAAGGAGAAGCGCCGGGCGCGCACCAUGUCCAAGCAAGAAAAGAUAAUCGCUGCCAUAGCCGGCGCUGCUCUCGCUGUCGGUGGCAAGGAGCUAUAUGAUCGCCACGAGGGCAAAGAAAAUGGAGGAGAGGUAAACCGAAACCCAGCCAUGUCUGCUGCCAUUGGUGCUGCCGGCGCACUUGCUGCUUACCAGGGUGCCGAAUUUUACAACAAACAUGCCGAGAAAGAAGACAAGAAGUCCACCAUGAUUGCUUACAAAGGUCGAGACGGUCAGAUGGUCAAGUACUAUGAGGAGGAGGAGGAGGAUCCCAAGAAGAAGGAAGGUCACAAGAAUUUCCUUGAGAGCGCCCUAGCCGCUGCCGGUCUUGGCGGUGCCGUCAAGGCCCUGACCGGCGGUGGAGGAGAUGACAAGGACAAAGAAAAGGACCGUGACCGAGAUGGCAGAUCCGAGACACGCAGUCGCGCAGGCAGCAGACCCCGAGGAAGCCGUUCAAGGUCCCGUUCCAAGUCACCCGAGAAGAAGAACAAGAUUCAACAGGCUGCCAUGGCCUCACUCAUCGCAGGCGCCACAGAAGCCUUCCGCGUUGCGAAAGAACCCGGUGGCUGGAAAGGAGAGAAGGCAAAGCGUGUUUUCACUGCCGCUGCUGGUGCCGCUACGAUCGAUGCUGCUCAAAACCCAGACAAGAACCAGAAAUUGAGUCUCGCAGAGUCGGUCAUUGGUGGCCUUGUUGGCAACCGUGUCAUUCACGGCUCAAAGAAGAACAUUGAAGAAGAUAAGGCAACCGGUCGCUCCCGCUCUCGAUCAAGGGCAGCGCGAGACUCCAGCAAGGAUGGCGGUGGCGGCAGCGGUGGUGUAACCGGCCUUGCUGCCCUGGCCACGGCCGGUCUAGGUGCUCUAGGAGCCAAAAAGAUCAUGGACGGCCGAAAGGAUGAUGACGAGGAUGGAAGAUCACGCUCACGCUCCCGUCGUCCCCGCAGUCGUUCUUCUAGCCGUGGUGGUUCCCGCUCCCAAUCUCGCAAGGGAGUUCGUGCUCGCAGCCGAAGUGUCGUUGACGGUGCUCGCCGCCGGCUUGCUAGGAUUGGUAUCGGCAACGGACCGGAAGAUGACAAGCGUAGCGAUGUAGGGUCGCCACGGGGGUCGUCUCGCGGCGAUGGCCGGAGGAGACGCUACUCGGAUGAGUACGACGAUGAUCGUGAUCGACGACGACACAGUCGAUCGCGAUCACGUGGUGCAGGAAGUCGACGAUACGAUGGAGCAUCUGACACGGAUUUGGGUGACUCUGACGAUGAUAUGAAGGAGACAAAGAGGAAGAGAGAUCGAAACAGACGUGAUCACGGCUACGACCGUGAAAGGGACUAUGAUCGAGAUUACGAUCGAGACUACGACCACCGGGACCGUGACCGCGAUCGUUACUGAGAAGCUAGACCAACCGUCUCCCGGCCAACUCGCUGAAGAAGUAUUCCAUUGCGACCUGGCGGGGAUGCAGGCUAUCCUUCCGUAUUUCCACGGUGUACGGUUAACAAGAUUUCUCGGGUUUACGACACACAUCGCAUUGCAAGCCCCUCCCUGUCCUAUAUGCAUCGACGAAUUAAGAUCUGACACUUAAGUUGACAUGGCUGUCGACAACCCUGUCAAAACUCUCACGCCACAAGGAUCUGAACCGAUGAUUUCUUGUUCAACCAUAUCCUUGAAGCUAUUCGACAUCAGCCAUGUAUAUUCUCGCCACUCAGAUCAUCUCAUUGUUGUUUUUAUCUACACCUCCCCCUUCAAAUGCCAACGAAUGUUUCAUGAUGCAAAUCACUAUGAGCUUCUCCAUAUGAAAGUGCCAUUUAUUUUCUCUUUUCAUUUUGUACCUUCAUUUCUUUUUUUUUUUUUUUUUUUUUUUUGUAUUCGUCUUCCCUUUACAACUAUGUAUAGCCCACUUUCAUCACGUCACUGGGAAUGAUAAGUUUUCGGUACUAUGUCAUGAAAGAUAACGACUUAUAUGAAGGCUCGUUCUUUGCAACGCUUAAACGGAAAUGUAACAAAGGAACAGCAGGGAUUUUUUUUCUUUUCCUGGUAAAAUUCAG